GAGGACUUUCACUGUAAGGACUUCACCGGAAUUUAGUGCGGGGGGUGAGGAAUAGCUGAGUUUCCGGUGUCAAUAGAGGACAUGUGCAAGGUCUAGCAGUAUUGCAGCAGAUAAAUGGCCAAGUAUCUAGCACAGAUCCUGGUUGCUGGGACACAGGUUGUCGGUCGAGCAUUUGCACGGGCACUGAAGCAGGAAUAUGCAGCAAGCCAACAGGCAGCCCAGAAGGCUGGGGGUGGGAAACAGGGAGCACGGAGGGCAGCUGCAGACACAGCCACGGGAAUGUCAUUACAGGAGGCGAAGCAAAUACUGCACAUAUCAGAAAUCACAGACCCCAAGUUGACACAGAGUAAAUACGACCACCUGUUUGCGGUUAACGAAAAGGCCAAGGGCGGCUCAUUCUACCUACAAUCUAAGGUCGUGCGAGCAAAGGAGAGAAUUGACAUGGAGAUCAGCAAGCCUGAACCUAAGAACAAGAAGGAAGAGACUUGAUGUCACAGUCCUCUAGACAGUGUGUGUGUUGUGUGGAUGAUCAGGAUACACCAUCAGCGCCAAAUCUAUACCAGCUGCGGACCAACCAACCAUCUCUGGUUACCAUGACGACAGUGUUUCCUAGAUUUGUUCAAUAUGCUUGAUUUCGAAAUUUUGGAGAUGGCAUCAAGAUAGCGUUAUCAUUAGGAUGAAUUUUUAUGUCUUGCACAGUUACCAUGGUUACUUGAUGAUCAAGAAAUCUUUCUAUUGUUCAUCCUUCUUGUGAUACCCUCAGUCACAGACACAAGAAGCUGAAGACCUCUCAGAGAGAUCAUUUAGGUGUCAUGGUCCAAAUUUGUGCAACCGCUUUCGAGGUUAAUUUCACUGUCAGUGAAGUUCCAGUCUGGUGUGCUUAGUGUUUAUUUAAUUACGUGCCUGGCAUUUGUUACUAAAGAAAGACAGAAAUUUCUAUAUGCAUCCCUAAGAUGCACACCCAGUACACAAAGCUUGGCACAAUGGAAGACCUAACAUGGAAAGAGUGAAGAUGAUAAAGAGUUUGUUCCAUGCAACCUCCACAGGAAAGAGCUGCAGGACAACCAUCUGGGUUGUAAACUUUGUUAGAGUAGCUAGAAAUAGUUCAACAGUCACUACCAGAGAACCAAAUAUGUACUCACCGCAAAAGAACUGUGAACCAUAGAAACAUAAGAGUUCACACAACAUACCAGUAUGUCCGUUUGUGUCUAAUCAAUCUCUUGAAUAUGAGUAAUUCUUCAUGUAUUAACAUACGUGUAUGGUAUUCUCAUUUCUUUUGUUGGUAAGUAUAUUUUUAGCCCACUUAUAAUACUGCUACUGGUUGUUUUUUAUAAUAUAUUUUCAAAAAUAAUCAAUAUUGAAAGAUGAAUACCAGAAGCAUUAUUAUUUUAAAAUGUUAAACAAUAAGAAGGAAUGUCGAUCCCACCGGUCUUUUCCUGAAUAGAUUUCCUAGUGUUCCUUGUCUUCAGUUUGUCUGUAAAUAUGUACAGGUUGUGAGUAUGUUGAGUGUUCAUGUUGAUUGUAAUGGACAGACAUCUCUCGUCGGAGGAAUAAACAGUCAAUGAUGUCA